ACAGUUCCAAGUUGUAUGAUGUGGCGAGCACAGAAGUGUCAAACGAUGUCAUGAUGAAAAAUUCCGUGGAUUUACUAAUUUAUUUCGUUUUGUUUAGUUUAUUAACCACAUUAAUAAGCUGUGAAAUUUCGAAUAAGCGUUUGUGUGCCGAUCCAGAAUGUAAAACUUUGUUGUCAUUAGCGCGCACGUUAAUAAAGUACAAUUCGGCCGAAGAUGGUGUCCUGUCGUUCGCGAUCAAUAAGGACGUGCGGGUGUACUCCAAGUCGGCUGGCUCGAAUCCGAAUAUGUGGGGAGUCGAGAUUCAGGGACAGCGGGGGUACGUGAACAAAAACAUGAUUCGUGAGCAUCGGUUGUUCGUGAAGUCCUCUGAAAUCACUUACGAAGUGCCCACCGAGCUGGAAGAGCUGCGCUUGAAAAAGUUGGAGAAGGAGAAGGCCAGGCUGAAAAGCUCGGAGCCAGAGCAGCCGGUAAUAGAGCAAACGACAACGGCUCCGCUACCGGAUCAUAUUAACGAGAACAUUGUCGUAGAUAGUGUGGAUGAUAACUUGACGGUGGAUGUCACGAGCGGGACGCCUUCCCGCGUGAAAAAGGAGGUAAUUGACGGAACGACAGUUCUGAUCCCAGAUACUGAUCAACUGGAGGUCAAUGCCCCCGAAACAGAAAGCAAUGAGCCUCCGUCAGUUUCUACGCCCUCCCCUAAUAACAAUUCAAUUGAAAACCUCAAAGAUGAGGAAGAGACUGAAAGCUCAAUCGAAUCAGAAGAGGAUGAGGAAGAAAUAUUGGCGGAAGAUGAUGAUGACGAAGAGGCAUCAGAGGCAGAGGAGAAACCCAAAGAGGAGGAGGUUCCUCCGCUACCAACUGCACCCACAGACUCCCUCAAUGGUGUCGGAAAGGCAGACGAAAAUGAGCCUGUUGUAGAACAAAUUAAAGCUUCAGCUGAUGCCGAUAUUCCCCCAUUUCAGCCGAUUCCCGACAGCACAGUUGAAUUCGCCAACGCUCAAUUAGAGCAAAACACAAAGAGCGAAGACGUCUCCGAUUCGAAUGAACAAGAAAACCUAGAACCCGUAACUGAAACUGUUAAGGAAAUGAGCACAGAUUCUAUAGAUACGCCUAGCGGGGAAUCUCUAAAUAUUUCAGAUUCUCAUACUGAAUCUGAGCAAAACGCGACUGAAAAUGUGGAUCCGGCUGUUGAUUCAACUGUUGCUGGCACAGAAAGUUCUGAGCCUGAAAGCGUUCCUAAAGUGGAAGAUUCUAUGAAUACGGAUGAGAAUUCGUCCAAAGACAAUUCAGCGAAACCGCCCUCUUCGGAUGAAGUUCGCGCCGGUAAUCUCGAGGAACCUAAAGCAAUUGACGGUGAGAAUAUUACCAGCCCUGAAACCAAAGAUCCUGCCCAAACAGAAGUAGUCGGAGACACCAAUCCUGAACAAGAGAAUGUUAUAACUUCUAGCGAUGUGCCUCCGAUUUCGCCUCUGUUCCAACAUCACAAUCAUAACCAUGGACACGAAGGUCUACACGCUCCUGGCCACCUUCACAGUCACGAUUCAAUGCUUUCACCAGAGUCGAUCGCAAGUCCAUAUGGACACAGUCAUGAGCUUCAUUCGCACACCCAUGAUCAUAACAUUGAUGUCAACUCUGAGAGUGCCUCUGAAAAUGUAUCUACCGAACUCCCACACAUUCAGUACACAACUCCAGCCUAUGAUGAAUUCACUGUUCCAAACCCACUACACGAUGGACCAGUUACCUCAGCUACCUCAGAUGAAACAACGACGACAACUAACACUGUUGCUGAAACUCAAACUGAAACUCUCCCUUCUGCAGACGCCAAUAAUCAACAAUUGAAUAACGAAUUGAACUCGCAGUCUUCUGAAAUUCAUGAAACAACACAAACUACAUCUUCUAACGAUCAGGAAACUAAUCACUCAACAGAAACACCAACUACAGGAGGAGAGACAGUUGUUGAAAGCAAGAAUCCAGAAUCAGUGCCUCACGGAGAAGGCACUGCAACACUCAUCGAACCACCUUCACACACUGGUGACAACUCACCACAACGUCCGACGGAAACUAACUCCGAACUCCCUGUUACCGCUGAGGCUAAAGGGCUAUUUGAUAAUAUUUUGGAUACAGUGAAUACCUUUUGGUCUCAAUCGAAAUCAGCAGAAGAUACCGCUACGCAAGAUUUCGAUGCAGCAUUAAAUAAACUACUGUUUCCAGACAAGAGAGUAGUGCAUGGAAAUCAACAACCAGGCGACGUGAACGAGGCUGAAGAUGGCUACUGUGAAAAUUUGUCACCAAAUGCACCAUGUCCAAAGGAUUCUGGACAUACUAAGCCGUGGGAAAAUCGCGAAACUGACGGCACUCGACAUCAGCAUUCUGAAGAAUGUUCUUGCGAAAAUGACUACAUCUCACUAACAAUACAAAAAGUUUAUGAAAUGACUGACUUCAUCAUCUGCUUGGGAAUAACCGGUCUAACAGUUCUGAUAUUCACGUUAGGAUAUUACUGCACCGCAAACGGACGAAAAGAAAACUCGUUAGUAUCGAAAUUGAACAUAGUCGAACGUAGUUUAUUAGCUUCGAACAAAGAAACGGCCAUACUUAAAAAUGAACUUACGGAAACAUUGAAUAAGUUAGCCAGCAUUGAGGACAAUUCGUUUGGCUCAAACGAUAUGGUGAUAGCAUUGAAAAAAGAGCUGGACGAGAAUGAAUUAGAAAAGGAGAAGUUACGGGAGCAAGUUGUCAGCCUAGAAAAGGAAUUGGAAAAUGCCGCUGAAGCUGGGUUGGAGCUAAAUAAGAUCGUCUCAGAGCUCCUUAAUAACCAAAGUGGUGAUGAUUCAAUUAUUAGCAGCGUCGAGGAAUUACAGAAACAGCUAAACGAACAGCAAAACACAAUCCUCGAGAUCAACACCACUUUAGCCGAGAAAAGCCGCGAAAAUAGUGAAUUGCAAAUGCUCAUUGGUGAACUUAAUGGAAAAUAUCAAGAGCAGCUUGAAGCACUGAAAAACGAAAACGAAUCGUUAGUAAAUGAACGCAAUUCACUACAAUCUCAGGUCAGUGAUGCGAAAAAUAUUUUCGAAGGAGAAAUGACGAAAGUGUUAGCACCCAAGAAUGAAGAAAUUGAAAAAUUGACAAAGGAUCUAGCAAAACAGUUGGCAGAACUCAACGAAAUGCGGACGAAAUAUCAAACCAGUGAGGCAAGGGUUGAGGCUCUCGAGGAAAGCUUAGAUAAUGUGAAGAAGAAUCCAAACAUCAACGUGAAGGAAUUGCUGAAAGUGACUGAAAACAAAACUGAACUUCUCGCACUUAAAAAGGAACGCGACUCGUUGAAAGAACGAUUGGAGGGAGAAAUGGAAGCACGCAAAUUGCUUGAAGAUCACGUUAAAAUCGUCAGCGAAGAAGUGUCAUCCUUGAAGCAGGAAUACACCCAAUCUGAAAAGGAAAAGUUAGAAGCGCAGACCCGUUUGGAAGUUCUGUCUGGAUAUUUUAAAGAAAAGGAAACUCAAUUGCAAAAGGAAUUAAGCGUUAAAGAAGCAAUGUGGAUGAAGCAACAAGGCGAAACUACGAGCACUGUUGAACGGGUUCGCCUGAUGCAAGAUGAAAUUCAAGCUUUGAAAUCUCAAAAUGAUUCAUUGCGUGCUGAAAUCGAGGCACAGACUGCUGCACAUAAGGCGCAAAUAACAUCGCUAGAAAACCGUGCACACGAGACAUGGCUUGCAGCUCGUCAAGCUGACCGUAAAUUGGAGGAGGCACGAGCCGAAGCGACAACGUUGCGACGCAAGUUGACAGCCAUUGCCGGAAAUGGAAUUGGGAGCGAUAUUAAUUUACAAAACAAAGUGUCAAAUGCGUUGGACGGUCUACCCAAUCACGAUUUAAAUCAAGCACCUUCACCAAUACACAUGGAAUCGCCAGGUUCUCCAUUGUUAGGCGGACUGCCGCCACCACCACCAUUCCUUCCACCACCCUUUAUGGGACCCCCGCCUCCAUUUAUGUCAAUGCCACCGCCUUUCAUGCCUCCCGGCGAAAUGCGUCCUCCACCAUUAGGCCGGCUAAUGUCACCACCACCACCACCACCCGCCAAUAGAUAUUCGCCUAGUUUAGUAGAUGAACGCGAUAGGUAUUCGCCAGAGAAUGGUAGAUAUUCGCCAGAUAGUAGAUACAAUUACAAUGCCGAUUUGAUUUCAACAUACGACACAGAAACAGAUUUCAGUCCGCCACCAAGUCCCCAUGGUCGAUCACGAGGUGGUGGCAGUGGUGGUUAUAGUAGCCGAGAACGAGAUCAUGAUCUGGAGCGAGACCGAAACCGAGAUCGUGAUCGUGAUCGAGAUCGAGACAGAGAUCGGGACCGGGGUCGGGAUCGAAACAACUACAAUAAAGCUUAUUCACCGCCACCAAACUCGGAUCGGAGUAAAAAAACAAAAGGUGUUCUCAGCUCCGGUUCAGCAGAUUCAUACGACUCCCGGAAGGGGAGCAGAGGCAAAGGGAAGGGGAAGAACAAACCGCUUGUGUGAUGGGAACUCGGUGAUAGCAAUAUGAGGACACAUGCCUAGUCUUUUUUAUGGUAAAUCAAGUUAUUUGAAAGUGGUUUUGUAACAAAUAUCCAAAAAUUUGUUCACUAAAAAUAUCAGAAAAAAUAAAAAUAAUUACGUUACACAAAGUGUUACAAUACAAAAUUCUUUUUCUUUAUAAAUGUAUGUAAGUUCAAAUGUCGUAAAUAUUUUAACACUAAUUGCAUUUUUUUAUUGAUUCUCUUAAACGAUUUUUCCUAGGAAACAAAUUUAUUUUCCGAAUGAUUAUUUUUAUUUUUGCUAUUUUAAGUUGAAAAAGACGAUUGAAUAUGUUCGAACAUUAGUUACUAUAAGCACUACAGCUAGCGUCAGAAUCCUUUAGGUGUAAUAUAGCAACUUAUUUGUUCCUUCGGAACGACUUUGUAAGUUAUACAAACGGCGAGAAUAUAAAGUGAUACGAACGUUUCCGAACUUUUCGUGUUAUAUUAAAAAAUAAAGCGAAAAGUAGCCAAACAAA